UGAAUCGAUAGACCGCAAAGAAUCCCAAACAGCAGUCAGUGAGCACUACAAAAUAUAUAUUUUCGUUUAAUUCUUUGCAUUUUGUUGAACAAGCAAAUAUACCCUGCAAAGGAACGCCAAGAGGACAGCAGCAGCAGCAGGCUCAGUCAUAGACCAGAAUAAAGUGCAGCGAAAUGCUCACGUCACAGGUCUUUCUAAUUUGUUUAUGUCUGCUCUGCAGUAACUGCUACGUGUCGGUGUCGGCAGACGAGCACAAUCAUAAGUACAAUGAUCGAGAGGAGGUCGUGUUGUGGAUGAACACAGUGGGACCGUAUCACAAUCGCCAGGAGACUUAUGCCUAUUUCUCGCUGCCAUUCUGCAGCGGUGGCAAGUCGGGCAUCUCCCAUUACCAUGAGACGCUAAGCGAGGCAUUACAGGGUGUGGAGCUGGAGUUCAGUGGCUACGAGAUGGAAUUCAAGACGGAUGUCCAGAGAUCCGUACUCUGCAUGGUCAAGCUGACCGAAGAGAAUGUCAAGGCCUUUACCUACGCCGUAAUGAAUGAAUACUGGUAUCAGAUGUACAUCGAUGGUCUGCCCAUUUGGGGCAAGGUGGGAGAACGCGAUGAGAACGAUGGCAAAUAUUAUAUACACACGCACAAGAAGUUCGACAUUGGCUAUAAUGGUCAGCAAAUUGUGGACAUUACACUGACCACGGAUAUGAGGGAGGAACUUAAGGCAGAUGCCAAGAUCAAGUUCUCCUAUGAGGUCAAUUGGAAGCCCAGCAAAGUCAAUUUCAAGAAUCGCUUUGACAAGUAUCUGGAUCCCAACUUCUUUCAGCACAGAAUACAUUGGUUCAGCAUCUUCAAUAGCUUUAUGAUGGUCAUAUUCCUCGUGGGCUUGGUUUCCAUGAUAUUGAUGCGCACUUUACGUAAGGAUUAUGCGCGUUAUAGCAAGGAUGAGGAGGUGGAUGACAUGGAAAGGGAUUUGGGCGAUGAAUAUGGCUGGAAACAAGUCCAUGGCGAUGUCUUCCGCUCUCCACCAAAUGCCCUGCUCUUCUCGGCAGUUGUCGGUGCCGGUUAUCAACUCAUCUCCGUUGUCUUUUGUGUCAUUAUGUUUGCUAUUGUGGGAGAACUUUAUACCGAACGUGGCUCAAUGCUAUCUACGGCCAUCUUUGUGUACGCGGCCACGUCGCCGAUUAAUGGAUAUUUUGGUGGAUCGCUUUACGCCCGAUUGGGCGGUCGCUUGUGGAUCCGGCAGAUGCUCGCUUCCGCAUUUACGGUGCCCGUUGCCGUCUGCGGCACCGCGUUCCUGAUCAACUUUAUUGCCAUUGGAUAUCAUGCAUCGCGAGCGAUUCCCUUUGGGACCAUGGUGGCUGUCACCUGCAUCUGUCUGUUUGUCAUCUUGCCCCUGACUCUGGUUGGAACUGUUGUCGGUCGCAAUUUGGAUGGACAGCCGGAUUUCCCCUGCCGUGUUAAUGCCGUGCCAAGGCCCAUUCCCGAAAAGAAAUGGUAUAUGGAACCAUUGAUCAUUGUGCUGCUGGGCGGUGUGCUUCCCUUUGGUUCCAUUUUCAUCGAAAUGUACUUUAUCUUUACCUCGUUCUGGGCGUACAAAAUCUAUUAUGUCUAUGGCUUCAUGUUGCUUGUGUUUACCAUCCUGACUAUCGUCACCGUUUGUGUCACGAUCGUGUGCACGUAUUUCCUGCUCAAUGCCGAGGAUUAUCGGUGGCAAUGGACGAGCUUUAUGGCAGCCGGAUCCACAUCCAUUUACGUCUAUGCCUACUCCUUUUACUACUUCUUCUUUAAGACCAAAAUGUUCGGUCUAUUCCAAACGGCUUUCUACUUUGGCUACAUGGCUUUAUUUAGUGGUGCAUUGGGCAUCAUCUGCGGCACCGUCGGCUACGUGGGCACGAAUCUAUUUGUGCGUAAAAUUUAUUCCAAUGUGAAAAUAGACUAAGUUUGUCCGGCUGUAGAAUCCAAAUCAAUCCUAAACAUUAACAAUUGUAUUUAUUGCAUAGUCUUUUAGUUUAACCAUCUUGUGUUUAUAUAUAUAUAUAUAUGACUUGUAUUCCUUUCGAUCUAUCCAAAUUUUGUAAUUUCCUUCAAAAGUGAAUCCCUUUUCUCAUAACGGACAAGUCGAAUUGAUACCAAACAGCCAUCAGCUGAUCUGAUAAGAUCUUUGUAUGUAUAUAUAUAUAUAUAUAUAUGUGGCACAUAUGUAUAUACUAUAUGUUUCGAGUGUUUAUGUAUGUGUGCAGGUGUGUGCGAGUGUAAUACGAGUUUAAAUUGGAAUACUGUCGAAAUCUUAUGUAUGCCUGAAAACCACUUAUCAAAUCACAGACAUGCAAAUUGCAAAAUGUGACUUCAAAUUGUUUUUUGCGCCAAUUAUGAUUAUAAACAAUGCCGAACGCAGAAAUGUGCUGAUUAGCAAUAGUCGAUAAUUAUUUAAUUAAUAAAGUCAACGUAUAAAACCAAAAA